AAGCAUCUCCAGAGUCUAAUAUAGUUUAAACAUUUAUUGCCCCUACAGCCGGCAAAGCUUCAUUAAGUCAAAUCAUCAUAGUUAGCUGCCUCAAUUGCAGCCUGAACCUAGCUGCACAUAUGCCAGCUGAAAAGCCCUGCUCAUCAGCUGGCCCCAACCUUCUUCCUACAACCCACCUGAAAGGAUACCACGCUUCAAUCAUCCAUCACGCUUCCGCAGUAAGUCAUCCGACCCGACCCGACUUUCCCUCUUCUGGCCGCAACCGCUAACAGCAUCACAGCUGCCCCGUCACGAUGCCUGCUAUCCGAAGAAGCCUGCAGGCACCCAGGCCUGAUGAGCCUUAUCUGACUGAAGGCCAUGAUGUGAUCCCUAAGAUCGAAGAAGCUCUUGGGCGAAAUAAGGGCAAGGGCGAUAUGCUGUAUAUAAUGGCUAUAGAUAUCGGAGAGGCCUGGUUUAAUAAGGAUAAUACCAGCCGCAUUAGGAUAGCGAUCUUUAGUUAUGAGAUCCUCCUGCUUAUAUGGUCUAUCUAUGAGAACCCUCUGAUUAAUAAAGACUUCCUUAAACGCGAGAAGCAGAAGCUCAAGAUCUAGAAAGGAAGCUAUGCAGAGGGGUGCAGCCAAGCAGGAGGGAGAGGGGGUUCCUUAGGGCCCUUAACGGCGGCUUGCAUAACGAGUGGCUCAAGGAUAUCCGGUGGCAGGCCAAGGAGGUACUGGAGAAGACCGAGAACCUGUGAUGCGAUGUCUGGGAUGGAAGCGGGGUAAUCGCGGGUUUAGAGGAAAAAUAUAUUGAGUUUUGUGUGAGUUUAGUUACCUGAAGUUAAA